CCUCUACAUCUCUCACACGCACACUACGCCCGCCUGAACCUCGAUUUCUAUUUCUAUAUCAUCACCGACGAGGCCACCGGAAAGAAGAAGCUGAAGGUGAACGCCUGGUUUAGCAGCCGGGUAACAACCGUCGCAAUUCGCACGGCGCUCAGCCACGUCACUAACCUGAUCAACGGCGUCAGGAGGGUUACCGUUACAAGAUGCAUUUCGUGUACACACGCGCCGCCUGUUAAUCCGAACAGCAAUCGAGAUAUACAGAUAAACAGAGGCUCUGUUCCACACGCUCCGCCUGUUCAUCCAUCCUAUCGCAGCGGGUGCGGACGGUCCUGCCGUACGUGGAGGAGAAGUGUCACAUCCGCCAGCACGCACCUCAUCGAGACCUACCCCUCCCUGCAGCCCAAGACCGCCGUCUUCACCCACAACGACGGUCAACCUCCUCCAGGCCACGGCACCGUCCCAAUCUUCUUCCAGGGCGUCACCUACAACAUCCCCGUCAUCAUGUGGCUCAUGGAUUCUUCCCCAGAAGAGAGGGCCAUUCAUAUGCAAGCUGAGGAUGAGGGAUGCGCCACCCCUGUGUGGCGGCUGCGCCAGGUGGUUGAUGCUAUGGCGGUUGAGAUGCAUGCGGGCUUCGCCUCCGAAGGUGGGUCAAAGCUGAAGAUGCUUCUCACCUAUAUCUGCGACCUCCCUACUGGGAACGAAAAGGGGAUUUAUUAUGCUCUAGAUCUCGGCGGUACCGAUUUCCGGGUUUUGCGAGUAAAGUUAGGUGGCCAAAGGUCAACUACCAUAAUUCAUGAUGUCGAACGACAGUCCAUCCCUCAAAUUUGA